UUGUAAACACCUGACUGCAAGGUUUCGGGUGAGGCGCACCUGAGGGCAGGUGAAAUCGCAAGGCGUCUUACUUCGUCUGCCGUCACGUCACGCACACCGGGCGAACGUCACUUGAGCUGUGAAUGGCUCGUUGUCGCUCUUGUCGACAUCCAUUUAGACCUGCGCUUUUGCCCACGAGCGAUGAUAUCGACAGCAUCCCACCACCACCACCACCACCACACACACCACCACUACACACAAAUAAUGGCAUCAGCUCUGUCUGCAAAGUGAAACCUAGGCGGCGCUAAAGAGCGUGACAGCUGUAAAACUGAUUCUGCCGACACCAAUGGCGGGGCGACAGGUUGGGGGAAGAAAAAAAGAACAAGAAAAAAAAGUUGUAAGACUUUCGUUUCAGAUGAGUAAUCCUGACAUAUAACAGUGUGCACGCACACUGCACAAAGAAAAGGGUAAUGUUGGAGGAUGAGGGGUUAUAUGGGUGUCAGGGGAUACAAAAAAAAAAAAAAAUCGCGGGCCUCGUCUCUCCAACUUCUUUGAAACGUGGAAUGAGAGAGGAGGGGGAGGAGGAGGAGUGAUGGGUAGACGGAGGGCGGCGGGUGUGUCGCUUGCUUUGCUAGACAGGAUGGCUUCUCCAAGUUGUGAGCUCUUUGAAAAAAAAAAAAAAAAAAAAGAAAGGCACUUCCGAGGCCAGGGCUCACGUUGUAAGCGGCUUUCGUUCACUUCCUGCAAAUUGGCAAAGGGGGGGCCAGGCGAUCGCCGCGGGUUCCCAGCGCGCCGCUCGUGCAGCCAGUGAUGAUGAUGCGGCGGCGGCUGUGUUGCUGUUGACGUGCGGCGGAGCAGAAGUCUUAGUUCCAGUCGCGAUCGACGCUGUGGUAGCAUCUUGCAGUAAGAGACCUCCUCUCGGUGUCAGGAUCCCAUCCAGCUGCUACAUUUUUUGUAAGCGAGGCGACAGGCGCCGGAUGGCGAGGGUCUGUGAGGCUGGCGUCGGCUUUAGUCUGAACACGUCUUGCCCGCGCUCCCAGCCUCGGUCUCGUGGCGGGUCCUAACGACGUCUGCAGCCGCCUCCGCGCGCAGCUUCCGGUGUCCAGAGGAGUCCGUAAGGCCCCCUAACCAACGGACAUGUAAUGGGGGAGGGGAGGACAAUCUGAACCAAGUUCUCUAGGCAGUGCCAAGGGAUACCGCAGUGGGCGGAUUCAUUUGACAUCAUUACCGCUCUUGUUUACUGGAGCUGAGAAGGAUUUAGCAACUGGACAUGCUGUGGAUGGACAAGAGGCUGAGUUAAUUGUUUGGACAGGAUUUCAAUCCAAAGGGAACAUUGUAAGGACGCUUUUGCAAGGAUAUUUUGGAGACGGUGGUCAAUGAUCAGAGACCAGAUGGUGCACAUUACAGAAUAGUGAAAAGCACGUUUUGGGGGCGCUGGUGCUGGUGCUGGUGUCUACCUCUCGCCCGAGUGCAUCCUGUGAAAUGCUGCCGAGAGGCGAAAAAGACACAGCAGUGAGAAACUUUGAAAACAUGCAGACGCACCUGACUACGUAACCCUUUCCAAGUAUGGCCGCCAUGGGCCACUACUCGCACGUCCACAACGGAAGUUCCCCACGCCCCCCAGGGCGUCUGCGCACCUAUGACGUCACGGUGAUGGCCAUGAGGGCGGAAGUGGCCACCAUCGCCUUCUGGCGCGCGGUCAUCGCCGAGUGCCUGGCCUCGCUGCUGUACAUUCUCUUCGGUUGCCUGGCAACGCUGACGUGCACCAAGCACCUGGACAGCAGCGCCCACACGCUGAUGGUGUCGCUGUGCUUCGGGCUGACCGUGGGCACGCUGGUGCAGUGCUUCCAGCAUAUCUCCGGCGCUCACCUCAACCCGGUGGUGAGCCUGGUGCAUGCAGUCACAUGCAAGGUGACGCCCUUGCGGGCUUUGCUGUACGCCGUGGCGCAGACCGGAGGAGCGGUAGCAGGGGCUGCAAUUCUACACGGCAUAACUACAGGGACUUGUCAGGCCGAGCUGGGAGCAACUUUACUUCAGUACGGGUUAUCUCCCUGGCAAGGCCUCGGAAUCGAACUCCUGCUCACCUUCCUUUUCAUCUUCUGCGUCUGCGCCACCAUAGAUCCCAACAGAACGGAUGGAGGAGGGAAGGCCCUGAUGAUUGGCUUUGCUAUGGCGGGGUGUCACCUUGCUGGGUUUCGGUUCACUGGAGCGUCCAUGAACCCUGCCAGGUCGUUGGGACCAGCGUUUGUUGCCAACAAGUGGAGUCACCACUGGAUUUACUGGGCGGGGCCUGUGGUUGGCGGGGUUACUGCUGGUCUCCUGUAUGAGUUCAUCUUUGACCCCAGCAGAAUCCGCACGAGGUCACAGGCUCGAGCCGUGCCAGACCCAGAGAUAGAUUUGCUCACCGCCAGUGCACCCCCUCUGCCGGCGGACUCUGCCUCCUCUUCCUCCAACGCCCGCCACUACUACAACAACAACCACUCCCCUCACACCGCAGACGGCAGCAACCUCCUGGGCAGCCCCCGCAGCUGUCGGCGCGCAGAGGUGAACCUCAGUGGCACGGCUGCCACCACAACCACCCUCACCACCAGCAUCCCCCCACAACCUGCACACCCAACCUCUACGCCCCGGGUACGUUUCGGGGAGCGAACUCUCAUCGACAUCCGGGACUUUCGCAGGCCCCCGCCUCACGACGACCCCACGUCCCUGCUACAGCCCACCUGCGCCGGGGAGGGGCCAACGACGACGUCAUCCUCCCCCCACCUCGCCGUCCCCCACCGCAGCACGACGACGCCAUCUACGGGCGGCGCAACCCUUUGAAUGACGUCACACCCGGUCGCGAGAAUCAGGCGUACGCCUUCGACUCGAACCCUCGACGCCUGCAGUCGCCAGGCGCCAGCACUCCCCGGGACAUCAUGCAGAUGUUCUCGGACGGACGGGAGACCAUUUGCCUCAAUGACGUCAGGGUGUUCUGACGUCAUGGUGACGUCGACGUGGUCUGACCUGGUGACGUCAUGGAGUGCAGAAACAUAAACGUGUAUCCACGUGUUUCUACUGCAAUAAUCACUUCCUGGUCUUUCUUGUGGACUUUGCCAAGAACACCUUGAACACUCCAGCAACUUUAAUCGAUGUGAAAAGGAAUAACAGUCACAAAGUAUUAUAUUUAAAUCGUCAUAUUCGUUGGAAUAUUCACAUGAGGUGACUGACAACUUCGCAAGAAACAUUUUGGUGGGAAUAGGGGGCACACUGCGAAAUACGUUAGAACAUUUGGCCUCGUUAGAGUUUUGUACUCGAGAACCUUAAUCGCAUCUUAAACGAUUAACUGGUGUUGGUUGAUACUGUCCCUUCUCUCAAAUCACUGCACCGUGGUUUAUUUGUGGCCUGCCUCGUGUGCUUUUUGCCAACAAUGAAUCAGCGACAAUCAGUUGAUGUUGAUUGUGUGCUAGACAACGUAUGGAAGAAGACGAAAGUCCUCUACAACAGGAAUUUUCAAGAAGAAAGUGCGACGAGGGCUCUGUACGAGUCCGGACGUAUGUCUCUCCUUCAAAAAUUGUACGUUUCAGGUCUCGACUAACAGUUUAACCGCAAUAAAAUUUUUAACGUCAACCUGCAGCAAUAAAUUUUUUAGUUUGUUUUCUUUGUUGACAAAAGUCCUCGACAUCCACUGUUUCUAGGGCUGGCUGCCUUGCCGUGACAUAGCCUUAGUUUCUGGCUCAGCGCUAAACACCAAUUCCCUCUCCCCCAACCUUCGACCUCUGCUUCUCAUGACACAGAGCCAGAAAAAUCUGAAAAACACAACAGAUCAUAAAGCUUUAGCUUUUGUACUUCCAUUAACACGAGAUUUCACAUCGUCUUAAACCGGAAGUUAAUUAGCGCUUUGGCCUCGUUCGAGACAUUAACGUCUGCAAGUAGUUCAUAUAGAUAUAUGUCUGUGGUACAAGCGCAGCAGCCUCCUCACGACCUCGCGAUGUGACCGCCGUCGAGACGAUGGUGUGCCUCGCCCUUUGCACUCCACGCAACGCCAUGCUGACACUCUUCAAAAAAAAAAAGGAGUGACAACUGAGCAUGGCAUGUAGAGGACAAAGGUGACGUGGCGACGCCCCGAGCUCGGGUCGUGACGCACUGGCAGCUGUGUUACCGUUGCUUGAACUUCGCUCAACUUUGGAAUGACACGGACAGGAGUGUUGGGGGAGCUAGGGCAUGAGAAUAGUGCUGAGAACGUUCUGGAAAAUACAAUUGCUUAUAGAAUUUUCUUAAAUGUAGAACAUGGUUUUGGUUUGUUUUUGGACAAAUAUACAUGCUGAUGUUUGUAGCAUCUUCAAUGCAGUCAAUACAACGAGAGAGAGAAGCUCGGAGAAAGAAAGGAAGAGGUUUACUUAUUUGUUGUGUUCAUAUUUUGAAGACGAUCAUUGUUUACUUUCUGAGGCACCAUAAUAUGUGCCUUGUGAAAGUGAAGCUCAAGGUGAAGUUAGUGCAUGGAGGCAACUAGUCAAUCCAAAACUCAGAGACUCUUCCAACUCUUUUACUCUCAGUCCAUCACACACACAGCCCUGGUACCACAGAAAAACAAGUUUGUUAACUAUAGCAUAAUCUCUUGUACAAAGGUUCUUCUCUACCUUGCAGACUUCCGAGAGGCUCAUGUAGAUAUGUCACAGAUUUAUCCGACAAUAUAUACGACGCCUCAGUAUCAAGGUAAAACUCCUAAAUCCUCUGAUGAGUCAUUUCCAUAUUCAUUCAUGAGAGAGAGACAGAGAGCUGAUGGCUAACAGGCCACAUGCUCUGAGUAAAAUACUCAUGCUUGAGGAUUUCUAUUAGUCACUAAAUAAGGGGAUAAAAGACAGAUAUGAAAUUCUAGCAGCAGAAAUGCUUAGAGAAAGCCAAGGGAGACGCUGGAACAAAUGAGUGCUGAAGUUUUUAUUUAUCAAAUGGAUGCAUUUCUGAAAAAUGAAAUUGUUUAAUGGUGAAAGAUAAAGCAGCUGAUGCGUUUACAAAAUGGCGCACACACGUUUUACAGUAAAUAAUUGUUCUUCCUGUUCUAGUUACUGGAGAGGUUGACUAAUGGUUGAUUAGGUUGAUUAAUGGGCUGUUAGAUUGUUAACGGGUUGUGUUAUCUGGUUUUACUUGCCAUUCCUAAGCCUAUUCGUCUGAUUUAACGACUUACCUUUGUACAUGCUGCAGAGGUGAGUCGUGUGUCAGACGCAGGUCACAGGUCACAGGUGAGACACUGGGAUGUGAAGCACUUCUCUGUCUACAGAUCGUCUUCAGCGACGGAGGGCUCAUGCUACUGAAUAUUUUCUUUUUUGGUAUUAAGCCAUUUUGUUGCGUUGACAAUGUUCUGUUGUUGUCCAACGUGAGCACAACGGUUUAUUUGGUUGUCCAAUAGUAGCAGAAUGCAGUCAUUUCAACAAGUUUUCUGUUGACAGCAAAACUGCAUGCAACCUGCUCUUGGGCCUGCAGUUAUGUAAAACCGUAAAACUGAGGGUCGUUCUAUGUCUAUGUGUACGAAAGCAGUCAGGCGUAACGACAAUUAGAACGAAUCACAGCGCUUUUGAUAACGGAAGUGUUUGAACUUCAAGAGGUC